UAUGAAAAGGCAAUCACUUUUAGAGCGCAGACAUUGUGUACUUAAGUCUGAUUAAAGACUUAGUGACCAAUCGAUUGAAGUUUCGGUUAAUUUGUUGGCCAUUAAUGUCCGUUAUGUCCGACAAAACAGGUUUACGGAAGAAAUGUUUUUUCGACAUUUCUAUUGCUUCCGAAAUCGUCGGUCGGAUAGUGUUUGAACUUUUUGAUGACAUUUGUCCGCAAACUUGUGAAAACUUCAGAUGUCUUUGCACGGGAGAGAAGGGAUUGGGAGAUACCACGAAAAAACCAUUGCAUUACAAGAAUGUAUUAUUUCAUAGAGUGGUCAAAGAUUUUAUUAUACAGAGCGGCGACUUCUCAUUGGGGAAUGGCAAAGGAGGCGAAUCCAUUUACGGCGGAACUUUCAAUGAUGAAAACUUUACUUUAAAACAUGAAAAACCAUUAUUACUAUCGAUGGCUAACAGAGGAAAGAAUACAAACGGAUCUCAAUUUUUUAUAACACUUAAUCCGGCCAAACAUUUGGAUGGCGUUCACGUAGUCUUCGGUCAUGUCUUGUCGGGUCAGGAAGUGAUUCAAAAAAUUCAAAAACAAGAGACAGAUAAAGAAGGAAAACCAAUUAAUGACAUAAAGAUUGCUGAAUCUGGAGAAUUGAUUCCUCAAAUUGCCAAAUCAAAAGAGAAAAAGAAAAAACAUCGCAAAGAAAAAUCGAAGAAAUCAGAAGAAGGAGAGGUGUCCACAGAUGAAGACUCACACAAACUUAAGAAGAAAAAGAACAAACAUAAGAAGCAUAAGAAAGAAAAAGAAGAUAAAAAUGAAGAAGAAGAAAAGUCAGUUAACUUAUUAGCCAUCGAAUGUUCGGUGAAAGCAGAAGAAGUGCCAGAAAUUCCUGAAAAUAAAUUUUUAAUUCGAGAGUCAAAUGAAGACAUAAAAGAAGUAGAAUUGAGUAGAAAAAGAACGACUUCAUCGGGACGUCAAUUCAAAGGAAGAGGAUUUAGACGUUUCAAAACUCCUCCGCCAACCGGUAAUCGUAAUUCUCGAGGUCGCAGUGAAACUCCUGAACACUGGAAGUGUGAACAGGAAAAACUAAAGUCAUUUAAAGAGGUCAUUACUGCCAGUCAUCACAAUUCUUUGCGAAGAAAUCGAAAUCGAGAUUCAGAUCGAUAUCAUUCAGAACGAUAUCGAGAAUCUUAUCGAAAUCGAGAAUCAGAAAGGAAUCGAGACUUCGGUCGAAAUCGUUUCUAUGGAAGCGAUAGAUUUGGACAAAGAGAUAGAUUUACAGAUCAAGAUCAACUUCAUAGUAGAUUUAAGAGAGAGGAUUCUGACACAGAAAAUAUUGGUGACACAGAAAGAUACGCUCAAACUAAACGAAGAAUUUUCACUGAAGAGCCUCCCAAUCGUUUGUUAAGAAGAAGUUCUUCUUUAGAUAAUAAAUCAAACGAUGACGAAGAAUAUUAUCAAAAUGAUGGAAAAAAUUCCAGAGAUUCACGAAUAAGAUCUAACAUUGAAAGAGUAGUAAUUAAAUCUCAGGUUCGGGUUAACGAAGAUUUCAAUAAAUCUCGAAUAGAGAGAAAAAAUUCCGAUACUUUUGAUAAUAAGUCACAACAGGACACACAUAUUGACAUCAAUGACAUCCCUCUUCCCAUAACUGAUACAAAUAAGAAAUUUACUGAAAAUGAGACAAAAAAGUUGAACAAAAGGCUAUACGAUUCAGACCUAAAAAGAGCAGAUAAACGAAAACGAAGUCGAAGUAAAAGUAGAAGUCAUUCGAGAGACAGAUCUUAUAAAAAGAUUUCAUUGCGUAGUAGAAGAAGAAGACAUUCUUCUGAUUGAUUUGAAGUAGUUUUGCGUCACUUUAUUAAAGAUAUU